UGUUACGUUACUUAUCUUGGCGCGAAUCUUUGUUUCACUAUUUUUUUUUAUCUUUUUUUCUUUCUUUUUUUUUCUUUUCUUAUAAAUGAAUAUUAAAUCAUUUUGGAAAAUCGUGUUUGAUAAAUCAUCAUUAUGACCUGAAUGUAUUAUCGUUAGGAAUUAUGGAAGAAAAAAGAUCCAUCGGGAAAUAUAUGAUAUCUGAACGUGCACUAACGAAACUUGAAACAAUUAAAGAUGCGUUAAAAGAUGACAUUUGUAAUGCUGAUAAUAGAUGGGCAGUGAUAGGAAAUAAGAAAGCAGAAAGUGUAGAUACAGAUACAGAGACAGAGGAAUCUAAUGCAAUGGAUGUUGAGGAAUCAACGGAUACUAUGAAUACUACACAAAUACCCUCAACUCAAUUUUAUUUUAGUCAGGCCGGGACAAAUAAUAUUAAAGAUAUUAAAGUUGGAAAAGAUAUUGCUUUGCAAAUAUGCGACAUUAUUGAAGUUUUGUAUGAGGGAUUAGAGCGUAAUAAUGGAAAGCUAGAUUUUGUUCAUUUAGAAAAUCUAUCAAAUAAUGAUCUUGUAAAAGUUUUCACAGAUUUAGGUGAAAAAUUAAGUAUUAAAGGUAUUUACAAUUUAUGUUUGUCGACUAAAGAUGUUAAUGCAGAAGAAGGAAUUAAAUAUAUGGGUCUUGUAUGUACUCAUGUUCUGUUGCCAAAGAUAAUUAAACUUGAAGAAUCGUCAAGAUUAAUAACAUCUGGAAUAGGAGAAUGCGUUGAAAAGUUUCCAGAUGAAGUUUUAAAAUUUAUUUUUAUACCUGUUCUAAAUAUUGAUUUAAAAGAUGCAUCAAUUAUGAAUGUUAUCGUCAGUACUUUCCAACCUGAAAAAAGAUCUAUUCUUAUUUCAGAAUAUGUGGAAAAUGCAAAGGAAUUAAAAGAAUGGCAUAUAUCUAUUUUAGAAAUUUUGUUAUCUGUAAAAAUAGAAUCAAACAUACAUGAUAAAUUAAUAAGAUUAUUAUCGGGAAAAGCAGUUUUCUUUUCUACAAAUAUCAAAUUUAGCAAAUUGCUUUUGUCUUUUUUAAAAGCAAAUCGAAUUACAUCAGAGGAACAGAAAGAUUUACUGCAGGAAAUAAUCGAAGUCAAUGAAACUUUGUUUAAAAGACCUAUAGAAAAUAUUUUGAAAAAGAUUGCAAGCAUGGCUGAAGAAUUGUCGGGUGUAACUAUAGUAAUAUUUAUAGCAGCUGGAGUUUUAACAAUUUUGUUAUUAUUCAUUUUUGCUAAACGACAGAUAAUGAGAUUUGCUUUGCGUUCACGACGCGGACCACAUAUUCCUAUUGGGCACGAUACUAAAAAGUCACUGAAGAGAGAAAUCGAAAGGCGUAUAGAAGUAAUACCAAGAAUUCAAUAUGAACCACAACUUAUAAGUGACUCCAGAUAUAUCUUAACUCCUGGCAGUCAAAUUCCACCACAUUAUUAUAGAUUGAAAGCCGUAGAUGAUAUUAAAACUUUAGAAGCUGAAAUUACAAAAUAUGACAGUUGCUUAAAAAGGCAUCCAUCUGAAAACUUAAGAGCAUAUUUAUUAUCGACCCUUGCAACACCGUUAAAUGGAAGUGGUCAACGUUUGAUUCAUCAAUUUUGUGAUUUGUAUGAACAUGCAAAACAUGAUCCAACAGAAUUUGGUGAUGAAGAAUAUCAAGUAUAUACACGUUUAUUUCUUAAAUUAAUGGAUGCAGCACGUCUUUUGAAGUCUUAUCCAAGUAGUAAAAAAUCCAGUCCAAGCCGUACACCUAUAAAGAAGAAUAUAGAAACUAAAAGGAAUAUAUUGGAACCACGAAUGCGUUUGCCUGAAGAUCAGGUGUUAACAGGGUCAAGACCAAGCACCUUAACAGUAAUGGCACUAGAUAAUAGUGAAACAUCUGUUUAGCAUUAUGAGA